AUGUCAAGUUCACUUCAUAAGGUUUUACAGCUGUGUGAGAGACAGUGUUUUUUGUGGCCUGUUGUGAUCAGUAAGGAUUCCAAUAACUUUGUUGAGUAUUUCAAGUUUGGUUUUGCUGGUGAGCUUCUGAAGAACAAUAUUUGCCAAGAAUGGCUGCUGAGCAUGGUUAUGAACACAGAUGAAAAUAUAUUCCCAUAUCACUCUCAUGGUUUCACAAGGAAUAUUAUCAAAGAUUUGAGAGAACCUUUCGAAUAUGUGAAGAAACUCAGUAAUUCACAGCUGCCAUUUGGAAUUUCUGAGACUAGACUAGAGGUCAGGGACUUAUUGAGUAACAUGACACAAGAAGAAACAAGAUACUUCCAGCCUCAGAAACACACAGUGCUGUGGUCAUGCAUAUUUGCUCGGCCAGGGAAUGCCAUGCAGCGCUUCUACCAGUGGCAGCGUCAGAGGAAAAUGUGGUGGAGAAAGUUCUCUGCUUCUCCUGGAAGAUUUUUUCUUACUGAUAUCCAGAGUGGUCCAGAUGGUCAACUAGUGGAGAUUAAGGCUGAGUUCCCAUGGGGCUCUGAAACAGUGGAAACAGUGUGUUAUUCAGGAGUCAGACUAUUUGAGAAUAUUGAAAGCACUGAAAAAGAAUUAUUUGAGGCAAGAGAUGGGCGGAAAAAAGUGAUGCCCCAUGUGAUUGAGAGCACUGCAAGUCUCGAGAGCAGUGUGUUAAUAUUUCUUUGUGAUGCGUAUGAUGAGCCAUUAUUCUUGGGGUUACCUCGCCAGAUGUUGAGGUUCCACCGCAACUGCAUCAGUAGGAGAGGAACUUGGUCAGUUGUCCCUGUACCUGACCAAGCAGCUUCGAAAUGUGGGAAUUUCAACUCUGUUGUUACCUGA